CAUUGAUAAAAUGCUAUUGUGUUCAUUGUUCAUAGCUUAUGCCUGCCCAUACCAUAACCCCACCGCCACCAAGUGGCACUCUGUUCACAACGUCAACAUCAGCAAACCAUUUACCCACACGGCACCAUACAUGUGGUCUGCAGUUGUGAGGCUGGUUGAAGGUACUGCCAUAUUUUUGGGUUCUUUUUUUUAUUUCAGCUCAUGAAACAUGGGACCAACACUACAUGUUGUUUUAUAUUUUUGUUCAGUGUAUUUAAAGUCUAGCCAACUUGGAUCUAUUUGCUUGCUAACGAGGCAAAACAGUUGAACUGUUAUGUAUACACCUUCCUGUCCGUCUCCAACUGAACAGCAUGCUAGCCUGUCCACAGAUGUUGAAGUCAAAUGGCCUACCCAGAUAAGAAGAUGCCCAGUUCUCAGAAUGAGAACGAGUUGCCAAUUCCUGAUAUAAAUGAGUCUUUAUGCUCAUUGCACAGUUCUAAAUCACAGACUAGACAGCUAGCACUUAAGUCAAAAAUUCUGCUAGUGGUACCGCAAUGCCACGCGCGACAGAAACCGAGCAUUCAUUUUCCACAAUCAUGUUCAUUGAUACUCAUUUUAGCAGGGUCUGCUGUGUUCUGUAUUUUGGGUAUCGUUAGAACGGUUUAGUUCUCCUUUAUUACAGUAAAAUAAUGUCUAAGCGUUUCGGUGUCCAUAUGACCCAUUCUGUUGGACCAAUCCUUAAAUGCAAAUAUUGAGUUUAAACUAACUGCUUGUUGUCAGAGAGGAGUAAUCUUUCAUUGUUGUGAGUGGGAGGGACUUGGUGUCUUUGUGAGAUGGAAGGUACACUGUGGGAGGGGCUUGGGGUCUGUGUGAGAUGGAAGGUACACAGUGGGAGGGGAUUGGUGUCUAAGAGAUGGAAGGUACACUGUGGGAGGGGCUUGGGGUCUGUGUGAGAUGGAAGGUACACUGUGGGAGGGCCUUGGGGUCUGUGUGAGAUGGAAGGUACACACUGGGAGGGGCUUGGGGUCUGUGUGAGAUGGAAGGUACACUGUGCAGAAGGGGCUUGGGGUCUGUGUGAGAUGGAAGGUACACUGUGCAGAAGGGGCUUGGGGUCUGUGUGAGAUGGAAGGUACACUGUGGGAGGGCCUUGGGGUCUGUGUGAGAUGGAAGGUACACACUGGGAGGGGCUUGGGGUCUGUGUGAGAUGGAAGGUACACUGUGCAGAAGGGGCUUGGGGUCUGUGUGAGAUGGAAGGUACACUGUGGGAGGGCCUUGGGGUCUGUGUGAGAUGGAAGGUACACACUGGGAGGGGCUUGGGGUCUGUGUGAGAUGGAAGGUACACUGUGCAGAAGGGGCUUGGGGUCUGUGUGAGAUGGAAGGUACACUGUGCAGAAGGGGCGAAGGCGAGACCAAAAAUACUUUUUUUAAGUAUCUUGAUUCUUGCGAUACAGGCAUUUGGAACAUUGUGCUAAAACACAAAUUAAUUUGAUAUAUCGCCCAGCCCUACACAAACGUGUUGUCACUGAAAAAUACUGUCGGCUGCAACUGUUAAAACAGUGUACAGUAAGUGUGAAUUUAGCAUUUGUGAAAUUAUUUUGAUUUGAUAUGAAAGUAUGUUUCCAGAAUUACCGCAAUUGAGAAUUGUUUCAUGUUUAGAUGGAGUUUUUGGCUAUCAGAGAAUGGUUGAUUGUCAAUGAGAAUGAAUUCCAUUAUCUUGACUUUAAUGGAUUAUGCCUUUGAGUUGCCUCACUGAAAUUGUCUUACUCUUUCAAAUGACUGCUCAAUGUUGGCAUUUUUAGCUAAUAUCAGCCCAUUCCGAUAUGUUCACCAAUUUAUAUAGUGCUUCCCUAAUUUGUAUUAUUAUUGUUGGGCAUAAGACUGUAAAAAUACCAGCAAAUCAACUCCAAGAGAGAAACAUUUUGUAAAUCUGUUCCAAAGUAUUCCCACGCAUAAUAGAGAUACUGUAUGUGAUCAUAUACAAAAAUGGAAUGAAUGUUUUAAUUCAGAUAUUAUAUCUGUUUGGGUCUCUUGCAGUCGGUCCGGCCCCCUGACCAUCCCCUCAAAAUAAUGUUUUUCCCCACAGCUGAAUCUACUUGAUGAUCCCUAGCAUAGAGGAAACCUAACAUGGCUGAAUCUACUUGAUGAUCCCUAGCAUAGAGGAAACCUAACAUGGCUGAAUCUACUUGAUGAUCCCUAGCAUAGAGGAAACCUAACAUGGCUGAAUCUACUUGAUGAUCCCUAGCAUAGAGGAAACCUAACAUGGCUGAAUCUACUUGAUGAUCCCUAGCAUAGAGGAAACCUAACAUGGCUGAAUCUACUUGAUGAUCCCUAGCAUAGAGGAAACCUAACAUGGCUGAAUCUACUUGAUGAUCCCUAGCAUAGAGGAAACCUAACAUGGCUGAAUCUACUUGAUGAUCCCUAGCAUAGAGGAAACCUAACAUGGCUGAAUCUACUUGAUGAUCCCUAGCAUAGAGGAAACCUAACAUGGCUGAAUCUACUUGAUGAUCCCUAGCAUAGAGGAAACCUAACAUGGCUGAAACAAGAGUCAUGACCCUCCUAUGUUCAUCUCUAUCUCCACCAUUGUGUAACAUUAUCUUGUUGUGUAGCAGUGUCUGCCUGGUGAUGAUGACAUGUGUUUGUGCAGCACACACGGUUUGUUCAGGAGUGUAAGGACGCGGAGCCGGAGGUGCUGUUUAUAGGAGACUCCAUGGUGCAGCUAAUGCAGCAGUACGAGAUCUGGCGGGAGCUUUUCUCUCCACUGCACGCGCUCAACUUUGGAAUCGGGGGAGACACCACCUGUAAUGUGCUGUGGAGGCUGCAGAAUGGAGAACUGGACAACAUCAGGCCCAAGGUGACGGUGGUGUGGGUAGGAACCAACAAUCACGAGCACUCAGCUGAGCAAGUUGCAGGGGGAAUCCUUGCAAUUGCACAGCUGCUCACCUCCCGUCUUCCAAAGACUAAGGUUGUUGUUCUGGGUCUGUUGGCACGGGGUGACGGGCCCAACCCGCUGCGGGAGAAGAAUGCGGCGGUGAAUGGCUUCCUGCGCUCCUGGCUGCCGCGGCUGGGCCAGGCCCAGUUCCUGGACGUGGGGGCGGGCUUUGUGCACUCUGACGGGACCAUCUCCACACGGGACAUGUUUGAUUUCCUGCACCUGACGGCGGCGGGCUACCGGGCCAUCGCCAAGCCCCUCAGUGACCUACUGCUGCAGAUACUGGAUGAGACGCCUGAGGAGAAGAGGGCCUCGCUGGUCUGAGGGCCACACCCCAGGGGCCACACAGCCAGGGACAUGCUUCACUGACUCCCUCCUUCUGUUGGGGAGUAGCUGGAAGUUCCCCCAAACCACUAUUCUAGGGUCUUGUCCUAGAUCUGUGGUUAGGGGUGACUUCUACCUGGAGUCUCUACUGGGAACAGGGGAGAGGGGAAAGUCAGGGGUGAGGCAUGCUCCUGUCUGGGGAAGGGGUCAGAUCAAGAUUUGUCACUCACAUGAGGGGGCUGGGCCAAGCAGAGAGAAUGGGCACUCACAUGUGAGUGGAACUGAAACUACAGGAGGGAGAGUGCAUGGGAUCAUGUGCAUGUGUGUGGGGUGACUGUGUGGAGAGAGUCAACAACUUCCAGAGAGAAAUACAUACAUGCUGUAGCAGCAACAGUAGCACUUGUGGUCAGAGAGAUCUGAUAGUGGGAGGAUAGAGAGAGAGAUGGGACAUUUCUGAAGUACACCUGCACAAGCAUUAUAGAGAGGCCAAUGGCACACAUGCAUAGACCCCCCCAAAAUUUUUUUUUAAAAUAAAACCACACUGUAGUAGACUGUAAAAUGUUGAGUUUUGCCAUAUGAAAUGUAAAGUAGCUUCCUACUCGGUCAUAGCUUAGCUGCACAGUAAUAAGCACUCCGAUGCGUUCUCUCUCAGAAAUCAGUUUGAGUUGGCUCCAUUUGCCCCAACAGACUUUUUAAAAGCUCUAAAUUACCAUCUGAGGACCAACUGCAAAAUAUUCUCUCCUCCCCCUCUCUCUGCUUUGACACACACACACAGCAGUGAAGUCAAAGCUACCUUCCCGUAAUGGCCUUCUGCCAUACACACACUGUCAGACACUGCCUCUCUUACACAUAGAAAAAACUGUAACUAAAAUCCCUGCACUUUCUCUCUCCUGCUCACUCUCGCCACUCUUCAUUUUUGUCCUUAUUUUGUCUUGUUGUGUAGUAUACAGAACCCCCACCCAGCCCUGGCCACACUACCACCUGCCUCCUAACACAUGACAUUGUCGCAGGACGACUUAAACAGUAGCAUCAUGAUAAAGCUAUUGACACACAACAUUGAUUGAAUUUACUAGUCUACUACACUAAAAAAACUACCACAGGUCACAUAGAGAAUGUCAUGUGUUUGACCUUUCAACCCUGUUUUGUUUCCUGGUGCAGUUGAACUGAAGUGGUUAGAGGUCCUCUUGCUGAGCAUCGACUGCUCUCAUGUUAUAACCGUCUACACGUAUUCUUCUUGCGCUAUGUUGAUCUACAUUCUGUACACGCGUGUGUGAGUAAACCUUGAACAUAGCUGGAGGUGAGAAGUGUGUAUGUCACUUAUGUUUGAGUCUGUGCAUUGGUUGUAUGACUGUUUAGAAAUGGCCCAUUUGUAUAUAAUACAUAUAUAUGUGUGUGUGAAGCUUGGAUAGAUGGCCUUGUGUUGCGAAUGUGGUAGUGUUUGUAAGAGAAUGACCAUUAGUGAGCAUCUGUAUUUGGUGCAAACUGCACUAUAUCUGGCUUAUUGUCACAUGCUGAGAAGACGGCGCAUUCCAAUAAAGGACCAUGGAUGUA